GCUCGUUCUUGCUCUCUUCUCUCUUUUUCCUGCGACUGCCAGUCCCAACAAAUCCUCCCUGCCACUCUUUUUGCCCUCCUACCACCCAACCUCAACCCCAUAAUCAUCCAAGAUGCGAGAAAUCGUCCACCUUCAGACCGGUCAAUGUGGUAACCAGAUUGGUGCCAAGUUCUGGGAAGUCGUCUCUGAGGAGCACGGCAUCCAGGCCGAUGGUUCCUACAAGGGUACCACCGACAGCCAGCUCGAGCGGAUCAACGUCUACUACAACGAGGCCGCUGCCGGCAAGUACGUGCCCCGUGCGGUCCUCAUUGACCUCGAGCCCGGAACCAUGGACUCUAUUCGAGGUGGUCCCUUGGGAAGCCUCUUCAGGCCCGACAACUUCGUCUUCGGUCAGUCCGGUGCCGGUAACAACUGGGCUAAGGGUCACUACACUGAAGGUGCCGAGCUUGUUGACUCUGUUCUCGACGUCGUCCGACGAGAGGCUGAAGGCUGUGACGCUCUCCAAGGUUUCCAGAUCACCCACUCUCUUGGUGGUGGUACCGGUGCCGGUAUGGGUACGCUCUUGAUCUCCAAGAUCCGAGAAGAGUUCCCCGACCGAAUGAUGUGCACUUUCUCCGUCAUUCCUUCUCCCAAGGUCUCCGACACCGUUGUUGAGCCUUACAACGCCACCCUUUCCGUCCACCAGCUUGUCGAGAACUCUGAUGAGACUUUCUGUAUCGACAACGAAGCUCUUUACGACAUUUGCUCUCGUACUCUUAAGUUGAACACCCCUACCUACGGUGACCUCAACCACCUCGUCUCCGUCGUCAUGUCUGGUGUCACCACCUGUCUUCGAUUCCCCGGUCAGCUCAACUCUGACUUGCGAAAGUUGGCCGUCAACAUGGUGCCCUUCCCUCGUCUCCAUUUCUUCAUGGUCGGCUUUGCUCCUCUUACCGCUCGGGGUUCCGCCAGCUACCGAGCCGUCUCUGUUCCUGAGCUCACUCAGCAGAUGUUUGACGCCAAGAACAUGAUGGCUGCCUCUGACCCCCGACACGGUCGAUACCUCACCGUUGCCUGCUACUACCGAGGCAAGGUCUCCAUGAAGGAGGUUGAGGACCAGAUCCAGUCCGUCCAGGCCAAGAACUCUGCCUACUUUGUCGAGUGGAUCCCCGGAAACAUCUCUGCCGCUCAAUGUGACAUUCCUCCUCGUGGUCUCAAGAUGUCCUCUACCUUCAUCUGCAACUCCACCUCUAUCCAAUCGCUCUUCAAGCGAAUCGGUGACCAGUUCUCUGCCAUGUACAGGCGAAAGGCUUUCGUCCACUGGUACACUGGUGAGGGUAUGGAUGAGCUCGAAUUCUCCGAGGCCGAAUCCAACUUGCAAGACUUGGUCUCCGAGUACAUGCAAUACCAGGAGGCUGGUGCCGAUGACGAGAUCUACGGUGACGAGGAGAUCCCCAUCGAGGAGGAGGAGAUGUAAAAUCCCCAACUUCAAGAAAAUAUCCCCCGCCUCCUUGCCCUCGUGCAUCAUCGUGAUUCCCUCGCGACUUGUUUCGAUGGUCGUCUUUGGUCUCGCAUCUUCCCCCUAUUCCCCUGCAUCUAUACCCCCUCAUAAUCAACCUUUUCUCUCGCCAUACCCGGAGCUUGGGUCUCCGAUGUCUCUUUGUGAGACGGUGUGCUGCGUAUCACCCGACAUCUUUUUCAUAAUGGGCGGUCUUCAGUGCUGUCAUGCAACCCGUA